AUCCAAGCAGGGAUAAUUAGAGGAGCAGGUCAGUAUUGGAACAUAGCAUCCAGCGCAGAGAGAAAGAUCAAGAAAAGCGAAUCAAAGCCGUGUGAAGAGUCUAAAUCGACCAACAUCCGCGCUGACGUCCAGCGUUGGCAGAUGCAGCAGCUUCCUCCAGCUCUCAGCAUCCAGUUACAACGGAAGAGCUCAGCCUGUGUGGACUCUAAACCGCUGGCCAGUCAGCAGCGGAGCGCAGGGAGGGAAACAAAGCUCUGGCUCAUAUCUGCAGUCAUUUCAAGUAGCAUUCAUCUUUAUUUAUUUAUUUGUUUUGAAUUUUGUCUCUCAAGUCGCACGAGCAAGUGAGGAGACUGCUGCCAAGAUCAAGUCCGUGCAAGCAGGGAAACGGUUUUGUUUCUGAAGGUCUUCUAGAAAACCACAAUGAUCUUCAUGUGGUUCUCCAGGCUCAUUCUGUUCUUCCUGGCCUUCCUCCCACAUGUGUCUCGGGGAUGCCCUUCUGGCUGUCGAUGCUACAGCCUCACAGUGGAGUGUGGAUCUCUCAGGAUUAAAGAAAUCCCGCAGGGUGUGCCCCCUGUCACAGAGACCGUCUUUCUCCAGGACAAUGCUAUAGUGCAGAUCCGUCUUCAGGACCUGACUCACCUGGGCAGCCUUCAUUACCUGUACCUCCAGAACAACAGCAUCUCGGCACUGGAGCCUGGAGCAUUUCUCAACCAGGGGCAACUACUGGAGCUGGCCCUCAAUGGUAACCUCAUCCACCUGGUCACCCCUGAUAUGUUUCGGGGUCUGGAGCACCUUCGAAUUCUGUACCUUGCCAGCAACCAGAUCACUCGUGUCCAGGACCACACCUUCAGGGGCCUGCAGCGUCUUCAGGAGCUCCACCUGCAGGAAAACAGUAUAGAGGUGCUGGCAGAGCAGGCCCUGUCUGGCUUGUCAUCCCUGGCUCUGUUGGACCUCAGCAAAAAUCACCUUCGCACUCUGGGAGCCUCGUCCUUCAAACCGCUUGUCAGCCUGCAGGUGCUCCGUGUCACAGAGAAUCCAUGGCGCUGUGAUUGUGCUCUGGGCUGGCUGAGAACCUGGAUCACUAAAGAUGGCCAACGUCUGUUGAGCUCUGCUGAGCAGCGUCGGCUGAUGUGUUCUGAACCACCUCGCCUCUCCCACCUCAGUCUGGUGGAGGUGGCUCCCAACAGUCUUGUCUGCAUUCCCCCCGUCGUGCAACUUGCGCCAAGCCACCUGACUGUGCGACUAGGAGAAAGCCUCCGAGUCUCCUGCCAGGCCUCAGGAUACCCUCAGCCUCAGGUGACCUGGAAGAAAGCCUCCAAUGGCAAGGCCCAGCUAUCACCUCGAGGCCUGGUUCAAGAACUGGGACCCAAUGGUGACCUGUUCAGGCCUGGAGCUGGAGGAGUGGUGACGGCCCUGCCCAGCAGUGGAGGACGUAGUGUGGGAGGUGUUGGUGGGAUCCACGGGUUUGUGCGUGGGACUGAGGAAGGUGGUGAAAGGGACAGCUUUGAUCCAGACAUGGGCAGUGGCAUGCUCUUCCUCAGCAAUGUGACUGUAGCACAUGCUGGGCGCUAUGAGUGCGAAGCCUGGAACCCUGGUGGUGUGGCCAGAGUUACCUUUCACCUGGCUGUCAACAUGUCCUCUUCUUCAUAUUCAUCCCAGUUCUGGCCUCAUUUGAACACACAUUCCUUUAUUUCCUCUUCAUCUAGCUCCCUCUAUCGACCAGAAGUUCUGGAUGUGAACCAGGAGCCACUGUAUGAGCAAGACAGCAUGGACUUCAGUGCUCUGGGCCCUGCCACGCAAACUGCCAUUGCCAUUGGCAUCUCCUUGUUGGCACUGACUGCCGUUCUCCUGUUGAUUAUGAUCUAUACUCGUCACCAGCAGUACCAGAAAGAAGAAAAUGGCUCCUAUUGUAACAGCAAAGAAGAAAGCAUCCUCUAUGUGAACGACUACUCUGAUGGACCCACCAUCUUUGCACAGCUAGAAGAGUACCGUGAUGAUCAUGGCCACGAGAUGUAUGUCCUCAACCGAGCCAAACCUGUCUUAGGUCCCACUUCAUCCAGGUGUCCAAUGAUGAGUGGCUUUGUCCAGCAGAAAGGAAUGAAGGAGGCUCUCCUGGACCACGAAAUGGUGCAGACACUGACCAGAUCUGGAGGAAUGGGGCUUCACAGAAACCCAGCAGAUGGCGGAGAGGGCCCCCUAACAGCUGACCCAGAGGAACUCUUUCUUAGUCAGAGUCUCCUCUUUGGAUCACAGGUUGCCUACGAGAUUCACUGCUAAGAGCCUCUGGUUGUGGGCAGACAUGAAACCAUAUAUUGAUGGACUUAAUUAAAGACAUUAAAGGGAACAACCAUAGUUCAAUGAGUUGAUUGUCAACCCUUUAAAGAUAAUUAGAAGUAGCUAAACUUAUAAGAAAUUAUUCAUGUGGCAGUUAAAUCCUCGCAAAGGAGGCCAAAACUGUAUAGCACAUAGUGGCAACUAACAAAAUGGAUGAAAACAUGAUUAAUAUUUUGUACAGUUUUUUCUUUAGGUUUUGUUUUGUGCAUUUUGUCUGCGCUUUGUGUAAAUAUAAUGAAGCUAAUUUCACUGUGAAGUACAGCUGUUUUGUGGAGCUUGUUGUAGAUACCAUUAAAAUUAAACCUAAAUUAAUCAUUUUACUGAAACUGCAUUUCAUUGCUCAUAUGUGUGAGUGGGUGUGGGUGGGUGGAUUUGUUUAAAGAGGUUGAGUUUGAAUUCAGCAACAAGUCAUCUUUAAAAUCCCUUUUACCACAGCAUUAUAUUCCUUUACAUUACCAUGCCAUGUUUUUUUUUUUUACCUGUUUGCUGAAACACUAGAACAAUGAAACUUUUUGGGGGGAAUGUUUUUGUGGGAAAAAAAAUCUAUUAAUGAAAUUAAUUAAUAAAAAUGGAA